AUGGUUGAAAUUAAUUUUUUGUGUGUACACAAAAAAUUACGUUUAAAACGUAUGGCUCCUGUUUUAAUCAAAGAAAUAACACGACGUGUUAACUUGGAAGGCAUCUUUCAAGCUGUUUACACAGCUGGCGUUGUUCUACCAGGUAUUGUUAGCAAAUGUAGGUAUUGGCAUCGAUCACUCAAUGUCAAAAAAUUAUUAGCUGUUAAAUUUUCUCAUUUGGGCAGAAAUAUGACAUUACAAAGAAUGCAAAGACUCAAUCGAUUACCUGAAGAAACACAUAUAAAAGGUUUUCGUGUAAUGCGUGAAUCGGAUGUUCCAAAAGCUUUUGCUCUGCUUACUCAAUAUUUAAAAAAGUUUGAUUUAGCGCCUAUAUUUACUCAAGAAGAAUUUGAAUAUCUGUGCCAAAAUCGUUCAAAUAUUGUUAGCUCAUUUGUUGUUGAACAAGAAGAUGGCGAAAUAACAGAUUUUAUAUCUUAUUAUCAUUUAUCAUCAACAAUUAUGAAUCAUCAACAAUAUAAUACAUUAAAUGCAUGUUAUAUGUAUUAUCAUGCUGCAAGUCGUACACCACUUCCUGAUCUUGUUAACGAUUGUCUUAUACAUGCACACAAUAAUGAUUUCGACGUAUUCAAUGCACUUGAUCUAAUGGAUAAUAAAGAAUUUUUAGAAAAACUUAAAUUUGGUGUUGGUGAUGGAAAUCUUCAAUAUUAUAUUUACAAUUGGAGAUGUUCACAAAUGAAUCCAGAAAAGGUCGCAUUGUUACUUCAAUAA